GUGCGUUGAGGGCAGAGGCACCCGCCAGAACAGCAGAGAGUUUACCCAGCGGCUUCUCUGUCAUCUUGUAAUUGCAUGCUUCUGCCUUUGCAGAAACACACCGAGGAGAUUACCAAGCUGCGAAACGACUUUGAGAGGCAAGUGCGAGAGAUCGAGGCCAAGUAUGACAAGAAGAUGAAGAUGCUCAGGGAUGAGCUCGACUUGCGGAGGAAGACCGAGAUCCACGAGGUGGAGGAGAGGAAGAACGGCCAGAUCAGCACGCUGAUGCAGCGGCACGAGGAGGCUCUCACAGACAUGAAGAACUACUACAACGACAUCACCCUCAACAACCUGGCCCUCAUCAACUCCCUCAAGGAGCAGAUGGAAGACAUGCGGAAGAAGGAGGAGCACCUCGAGAAGGAGAUGCUGGAGGUGUCUGCGCAGAACCGGCGCCUGGCGGAGCCGCUGUAGAAGGCCCGGGAUGAGAUGAGCGAGAUGCAGAAGAAGCUGGGUGACCACCAAAGGGACAAGCAGAUCCUGGUUGGCACAAAGGCAUGCUUGAAAGUUACCGAGAAAGAGCUCAAGAGUCUGCAGUGGGAACAUGAGGUGCUGGAGCAGCGGUUUAUCCAGGUGCAGCGGGAGCGGGACGAGCUCUACAGCAAGUUCACGGCGGCCAUCCUGGAGGUGCAGCAGAAGACCGGCUUCAAGAACCUGCUCCUGGAGCGCAAGCUGCAGGCCCUCAGCGCUGCCAUGGAGAAGAAGGAGCUGCAGCUCAACGAGGUGCUGGCAGCCUCCCACCUGGACCCCGCCACCCUGAGCCUGGUGUCCCGCAAGCUGGAGGAUGUUCUGGAAUCGAAGAACAGCACCAUCAAGGACCUCCAGUACGAGCUGGCCCGGGUCUGCAAGGCCCAUGGCGACCUGCUGCGCACCUACGAGGCGAAGCUCCUGGCCUUCGGGAUCCCUCUGGACAACGUGGGCUUCAAGCCCCUGGAGACGGCCAUGAUUGGGCAGGCCCUGGGCCAGGGCCCUGCGGGGCUAGUGAGCACCCCAACAUAGCCCCCCGGGACUUCUCCCUGCACGACCCCCCCUUUACACUGCGGCAGCAGGUGUGUUUUAUUUGUUGGGUCAGCGAAUGAAGGCUUUCACGUUU